CGUCCACGACGGUACUUCGCGUUAGACUAUUUUCAGCGGAUACUUCUCGCGAUCUCUCCCCGUUCGCGAUCGUUCCACGAAAGAGUCGCGUAUUUAUUUACAUUUUCCUCAGUUUCUGAACAGGGUCGGAAAUAAUUCCGAAAUAAUUUCGGAAGCCGGCCUUUUCAGAUUCAACCCUCGAUACGGACCGUUAGCGUGUCAAUAGUAUUUACUUGUCACGUUUCGAUUUGUUUGGAAUAUAUAUAUANUGCGAGGGAUUUUCCCCCCUGUGAUCUCUUUUAUUCUGUGGACGGGUGUAGAUUGGAUAUUGUAGGGAGCGUUCAGACGGUGGCUCUUUUCGACGCACGACACGCAGAGAGGGCGAACGAGAGCCGUGAGAUCGAUGUUUGACGAUGGUAUGUUGAAAUGUGUUGGUGAAGUUUGUGUUUUAUUUUGUAUGGUGAUGUGAUGACGAUCCCGGCUCGACGACUGUGAUUAUGACGAGAGGAUAUAAAACGAGUGGAAAGCCUGGCGUUUUAUAUCGGCGGAUCUGAGCGGAAGUAUUUAUACACGGUUUUAACUGGUCGUAGGAGAGAGCACAUGUACGUAACCGAUCCGUUUCUCGUAGACGGACCCUUGGCACGCGAUUAACGCCGAUUAUCGUGGAGGUACGGCUGGAAGAACGAUAGCGGAACACUCUCCAGGAGCGAAACGUCCGGAAUUUUCCCGGAAGAGAAAAAAAGUGGCCGGCCGACGAGAGGGAUUUGAAUUUUCGCCCUCCGAGAGCGCAACUGUCGGACGACCCGCAUUUUUGAAGGGCGAUAAAGGAAGACCUGCUCCUUCCGUGGGCUCCGAGGAGAAAAGGGAGCGGAGAUCGUAAUUUCAGAAAAAAUGAAAAAAGGCCCGUCUCGCUCGAAUAAGAAGAAGCCUUUGAGACAGAGCCCGCCGGACCGAAACUGAGACAGAAUCGUCUAAAAACCUCCGACAGCCGAGAAGGACGACCUCCCCGUUGCUAGUUUUGCGAUUAUUUCUCGACUCUCCGUCGCCGGUCGCCCCCGUUUUCUUUCUGGAAGAACGUUUUUGCCUUUCUGUUCGAAAUGUCAUCGACCACGUUCGUCGAUAGGAUCGACCCGUUCGCAAAACGGUCGGUCAAGAAGAAAAAGAAAUCCCAAGGAUCUUCGAGGUACAGAAAUUCAACCGAUGUCGAGUUUCCGACACUCCCACUUCUUACAGAUGUUGCAUCAUCAGAACAGGAGGAGCUUUUCAUUCACAAACUCCGCCAGUGUUGCGUGGCGUUUGAUUUUAUGGACCCCACAGUCGAUAUUAAAGGGAAAGAAACUAAAAGAUCGACUCUGAAUGAAUUAGUUGAAUAUGUGUCCAAUGGGAGAGGGGUCCUGACCGAACCAGUAUAUCCUGAAAUUGUUAAAAUGAUUUCUGCAAACCUGUUCAGGACCCUCCCCCCUAGUGAAAACCCUGAUUAUGAUCCCGAAGAAGAUGAACCGACAUUAGAAGCCUCAUGGCCACAUUUAUCGCUUGUUUAUGAAAUUUUUUUACGUUUCCUGGAGUCGUCUGAUUUCCAACCAACUAUUGGGAAAAAAGUGAUUGAUCAAAAGUUUGUACUCCAGCUGCUGGAACUUUUUGAUAGUGAAGAUCCAAGGGAGCGUGACUUCCUUAAGACUGUACUGCAUCGUAUUUAUGGCAAAUUCUUGGGACUUAGGGCAUUCAUCAGAAAACAAAUUAAUAAUAUAUUUUUGAGGUUUGUUUAUGAAACUGAGCAUUUCAAUGGUGUGGGCGAACUUUUGGAAAUAUUAGGAAGCAUCAUUAAUGGAUUUGCAUUGCCACUUAAGGCUGAGCACAAACAAUUUCUAGUUAAAGUUUUGAUACCCCUUCACAAGGUGAAAUGCUUGUCGUCGUACCAUGCACAGUUGGCAUAUUGCGUGGUACAGUUCAUAGAAAAAGACGCCACACUUACGGAACCUGUUGUAAGAGGUCUUCUAAAAUACUGGCCCAAGACAUGCAGCCAAAAAGAGGUCAUGUUUUUGGGAGAAAUUGAAGAAAUUUUAGACGUUAUCGAACCAUCUCAAUUUGUUAAAAUUGAAGAGGUUUUGUUCAGACAGCUUUCCAAGUGCGUUUCUAGCCCACACUUUCAGGUUGCCGAGCGUUCUCUUUACCUUUGGAAUAAUGAGUACAUUAUGAGCCUGAUUGAAGAAAACAACCAUGUUAUCAUGCCCAUAUUAUUUCCCGCCCUUUAUCGCAAUAGCAAAGAACACUGGAAUCAAACGAUUAUCGCCCUGGUGUAUAAUGUUUUGAAAACAUUCAUGGAUAUGAACAGCAAACUGUUCGAUGAAUUAACGUCAUCAUAUAAAGCUGACAGGCAGAAAGAGAAGAAAAGAGAAAAAGAGAGGGAAGAGCUGUGGAAGAAACUUAUGGAACUUGAGAUAAGCAGCAAGAAGAAAGAAAUGUUCAAAAAAUGAUAAAGACCUUGAGUAUUUUCAGUUUCAAUUUUUGAUGGCUGUUGUAUAAUUAUCAUAAAUAACAGCGUAGCAGUGGAUUGUGCCAUCCCACUCCUAUAUAGACUUGAAAUACUAUUAUUUUAAUUUAAUAAUGCCUGUGUUGUUGCCUCGAUGUUUUGAAUGUAAUUUGUUCAAGCAAUGGAUGAAUUAACAUUACUAGAAGAUGCUCUUUCAGUGACACUGUCUCGAGUUGUACAUUUUGAAGAUAAAUCAGAUUUACAUGUUGAUCGUUAAAUUUUGUCGCUCAAAUAUGUUCUAUUUGGAAACUGUAAUUAUUAAAUUAAAACUACAACAAUCAUUAGUUAUUUUUUAAUUGACUGCACUGCUUUUUUUUUUUUUUUUCUGAAAAUUCAUAUCAUUCCAAAAUUCGCAGUUUAUUAAGUGUUUUAACAAAAAAGAUACGUUUUUAAUGUACUUUUUUUUUCCUUUUUUUUUUUUAAUAAACUGUUGUACGCAAACCGGUUUUUUACCCUUCUUAGCAGAAUGUUUAAUUUUACUUUUAAUUAGUAAUUGUAGAGUCAUUCUGGUAUACUAGUCGAAAUGGAAAAGAACAGCAGCGCUAAUGUGAUCCAAUCCCAGUUAGUUAGUACAACACAUUGGCUGAAGCCUAUAGUAAUGUUUUAUGAAUACGAAAAUUAUUGUUUACAAAAGUAUGCAAUUCACCUGAUAAUUGAACAAUAUUAGGGGCAUUGAAUUAUUAACUCUGGCAUCAGUUGCUAUUAUCCUUGCUUGGAACCAUAAUAAUAAUAAUAAUAAUAAUAAUAUAAAUUGUUAAUGUGGUUGUUAUGUAAAGAAAAAUACAAAAAAAACUUUAGUUUAACUUGACAUGUUUUAUAUUUGCAUCAAUUGUUACUAUUGUCUUAACGUGAAACUAAAAUUUGUUAAAAUAUAAAUACUAUUAAGAAUUUG